AUGAGAAGUCAGUUGUCGGUGGCUGAUAGUCGGGCUGGGAACCCCUCCUGCGUCACAGGUGAUGUAGAAGGAUGGGGUUUCCCUAAAAUCGUUCCCACCACUGCCUCAGGAUCCUGUGUGCAGGUUCAGUCUGAGCCCAGUUGUGAUCAGAUGGAGUUUUUACACCCUAAUGGCACUUGUGUUGCAUGUCCUGUUUGCAUACCUGGAGAACAGCUGUCGGAGGACUGUGGCUUUGGUUAUGGUGGAGAAGGGGUGUGUAUUCGAUGUGAAGAAGGGACGUUCAGCACAGAAACAGGUGUAGCUCCCUGCAGGAGAUGCACCCAGUGCCGUCUGCUGAACCGCCUGGUGGAGACAGCGUGUUCAUCCACAGGUGAUACCCUGUGUGGGCGGUGCCUCUCAGGGUAUUAUGAACUGAGGAGCAUGACUGGAGAGGUGGAGCUGCUCUGCGUACCGUGUAGCAAUCACGACACAGUCCACAAGGAGUGUUUGCUUUUCAAAUCAAAAGGCUCCAAAACACAGGGGGCCAUCCUGCUGCCUGAGGGAAAUGUAAAAGAAGAGGAAUUUCCAGUGGUUCUGAUUGGUGCAGCAACAGCAUCUGUGGUUUUUCUCAUUUCUCUGCUGCUUUGGGUCAUCCUUCUGACUUCAGAGAGAUUCAAGCAGGUUCCUGCAGACUGCACCAAGCCUGAAGGACUUCUGUCUGCAGCAAGCCUUCAGUAUGAAUCUGUGUCGUGUCACAUGGAGAAAGAAACAUGUCCAGAUAGCUCGGCAGUUCCAGCCGAAGAUCCAACAAGAGGCCAGAACUUACUGAGCCAUGAGAGUGAGCGGCAUCCCACUUCUAUUGUGAUUAAUGUCACCACCAACAUCAAGCCCUGCAGCCAGAAAGACAAUAUCACCACACAGGAAGAACAACAAAGCUUCACCACAGAGGAGAUGAAGCAAAAAUUGCAGACAAUUUGGGAGGUUGCUCAAGGUCAAGGUAUUGACAUCCUAGACUACGACUCCAUCCAGGAUUUGUCCCUGCUGCUUGAUUCUCCCAAAAGCAUCUUAAAGAAGCUGGGGCUGUCUUUGGGAGUGUCCCCUCAGGUUACAGCUCAUCUCCGCAGCUUUGAGGACCUGUUCCAGUACCUGCAUGCCUCCACUUACACACAGCUGCCCCAGCUGGCCCAAGCGGCUGCUCUCUUGCCUAAUUUUGAAGUUGUUUUCAGGAUACACAAAGCCGUGGUGAACAAGUGACUACUUAGCACCUCAAGGAUAUGCUUCAAUGGCUUGGACUGUUGUAAAUAACUUGCAACCUACUUUGCAUAAUGACACUGUCACCAGAUCGCACUGCAGACCUUCUCCCUUCCACAGAGGCUUCAUUUUACUCAAACACAUUUAGUAUGAAACAUGAGAUCAAUACAAGCUGGAUCUUUCUUGAUGAAAAAGAGCCUGUUGUUGUACUGACUAUAAGAAAAAUAAAUGCUAACAGGUUUGAUGUUA